AUGAUUAAGCUUAAGAGAUUAUUUCUAUACAUGGCAAUACUUGUAUUCAAGUCAUAUGAUAUUCCAUCAUUAUGCUACAACUAUUACAAUCCUGAAAGCAUCUACCAGAAAAUGUAUUUGAGGCCAACAAUCACUCCUGCCGUGUAUCACUUCAUACCAAGAAAACACUUCGUGCUCGUCUCUUGCAUUUGUGACUUUAUAACGGCAUUCGUGCUGAAUUCAGAGAAAUACCUGAUAUGCUCAAUGCUUGUUCCUGCUGAUUCCAUAUCUAUAGAGAAUUUAUUGAUUGUGCUACUCAAAAAGGGAUAUAAUGAACUGCCUAUAACCAUACUUACAACUAUGAGCACGUUCUAUGCUCCUUUGCUUUCAGGUAACAAUGCAUUCAUUCUUUCACAUGCAUUUCCGCGUCUUUUUGAAGCAGAAUUCAGAAACUCGCACAAUCCAUCGCUAAGUGUCACUUGGUUCUUCCAUCUUAACAUAUUUUCCCAAUAUGCAAGGUACUUCUAUCAUACAUUCUAUGCACUGAUGACUUACAUGACAUUUGCUGUUCCUGAAAAAUACAAGCUCGAAAUCAUACUGCUGUUCAAGCCAUCAAACUACAAAAGCUAUUUACCUUUCAUAGUGCAUUCGCCGGUUCUUCACUUCUAUUUGCUUUUCUUUGUUCUUGAAAACUACAUCCAGUAUCUCUUCAGAAUCAAAGGAGUGGGUAAUCCAAACUUCAUCAACUGGUGCUGUGUGGCAUUCAAUUUACUCUUCAUAAUCGAACGAAGAUGGAAAACAUUGAAAGCACGAGAACACCUCGUUCAUCCAGAGUCUGGAAUCAAGAUCUACGCCAAGGCAAGCACCACAUGA